UGCUCGAAAAAAUUACUUCUCCAUGGAAAAUAUAUCUAAUUAUUCUAUUUCAACACUUAUUAAUAAUAUAUUUUUUCAUUUAACCGGAUUCGAGUGUAAAAAUCAAUUAAUUAUCAGAGUUAAUAAUGAAAAGUUAUCAACAAAUGGUGACUUGUACAUUCUAGCUAACCUCACAUUAUGGAAGAAUCUUUUAGUGGUUAAGUUUGAUUGUAAUAAUUAUUGUAAUAAUAUUUUACAACAUUAUGCACAUACAAGAGGUAUUGAAUUAGAACAAGUGGACGAAAAUUAUACUAAUGAAAAGGUUUUACAAUCAUUCAUUUUAGCUAGUGAAACUUGGAAUUACAAGAUAACAAAAUGUAUUUUGCAAAACGAACGAGUUUGCUUAUUUCUAGACAGACCAUCUGUCAUUAAAACUAUUAUAAGUACAAUCAUCGAAAAAGGUUCAUCGUUUGGAAAAAACCCAUCUACGAAUAAAGAGAUGUGCCUAACAUUUCAUCCAGAUGUACAAUCAGAAUUAACUAGUACAAGAUUAAAAUUAAUAAAAGAUGUUAGUGAAAGAAUUUUGGAUUUGCAAGGAUAUCGCAUAUGCAAGAAAGUUUGCUCGAAUUCUAUUGUAUUAACCAAUAAGUUGAAUGGAAAAAGAAAUGAAGAUUGUAAUACAUAUUUGUGUGGAGUUGUUAAAAAUUCAGAAACAAAUACCAAAGAAACAAUGUUUACUUGGAACAAGUAUAUACAUUAUAAAAUUAAGAUGAUAAGAGAACAAAACGAACACAAAUAUCUUAACGCAGAAAAACAAGAUACAAAUUCUUUCCUUUGGAAUAUGGCAGAAGCUGCCAUCACUUUUGAAUUAUUAACUGUUAAACCAAUUCGUCCUGUUUUCGUUAAUGUUCGCACAAGUGCUAAUAGAAGUCUUACCAAUACAAAAGGUGUACUUUUCAUAUUUUACAACAUUGUUAGAAUAGCAGCAAUCAUAGAAAAAUAUGAUAAAGGUAUAUCGAACGGAGAGUAUCCAGAAUUACCAGAUAUCAAAACUGUAAAUUUUUCUAAAUUAAAUGAUGAGGGUGAGUGGGAACUUAUUUAUAAUUUCAUGGUUGGAUAUUCCCAAGUCAUAGAAAACAGCGUCAGGCAUAUACCCACUUUUCAAAUCUAUCCACAAACUUUGUGUACGUUUCUAUCAGGAUUGUGUAAAAAAUUUAGUAUUUAUUAUAGCAAAAUUAAAAUUUUAACGGAGGGAUAUAAGCAUUUGCAUUCAAAAUUAAUAGCAAGAAUUUAUAUGUUAAAAGCAUUGAAAAUUAUUUUACAAAAUGGUCUCGCGAUAUUAAAUAUAAAAUCCGUUUCUCGAAUGUGAGAUUUAUUUAAAAAAGUAUUAUCGGUUCGAAAAAUUUGUAAUAAUUUUAAUUAAUUAAAUAAUUGCAUUUUUAUAUAUAUAUAUAAUAAGUAUUAUUGAAAUCAAUCUUGCAACAACUUUUCAUAUCUUUUACAUAUGUCGGAUAAACAGAAUAUAAAAAAGAAUGAACCAUCGUAUUCAUUGACACCUUUUGAAGAGAACUUAAAAUGAAUAAAUAAAAAGUAGAGUAGAAAAUCCCAUUUUAUUUAAUGGGAUUUUAAUUUAUUCGCCGAUAGAAUUUCAAUAAUAAUAAAAUAAAAAGUUAUCUCUCGCGCGUUGUGUCAAUUGCUUCGACACUUGUUAUCAUAAAGAUUAAUCUCGAUGACUACUCGAGGAAAGAUCUUAGGCGCGAUUCUUAUCAGAUCUUUCUCCGAUGAAGUUCGAUCGUUAAUCCGACUAUACUUACGUCAGAAAACAGGAAAAACAAAUAAGUAUUCUUAAUUCUUCGAUGCACUAAUUGUAAAUGAAACAAAUGUACUCGUUAAAAAAUAGAGAACAAUAAAAAGGAUAUGUUUAAUUUCAA